AUGUAUUACCGGCGUCGAAAGACGGAACCCAAAGCGGUCCAUGUCUUAAGAUCCUUUAUUAUGAUAAUACUAUUAAUUUUCAUUAUAACGUAUAGUAUUUUUUUAAUUAAAUUUGUCGCGAAUGAUGACCCAGUUUUUCAAAGUUCAAUUGAAGAUGCUGCUGAAGUACCAAUUCCUAAUAUAGGAUUUUACUUUUUGUCCCAAUAUCAAUUUAAUAUUAAUUGCACAUAUCUUACGGGAUUGUCUCCUACACAACAUUCUUGUUAUGAUACAAUAACACAACCAAAAUAUCUUGAACUUUUGGGACGUCCUGGAUCAUACGGACAUUUUAUAAAUAAAAAAAAUUUAACAUUUACAAAAUUAACAGGUCCAAAUGGUCUAAAUGCAAUAUCAUCCGUAAUAAUAACCAUCACUUCUAAUAAGAUUUCAACUGAGAAUGUUAAUGAUAUUUCAGUAAUACAAUCUUUUGUUAUUGAUUCUGAAAAAAGUCCAAUAGAUAUUGAAAAAUUCAACCUUAUAAAUGAAACAGCUUAUUAUGAAUUACCUAGAUAUGUUAGUGAAUCAAUCACAGAUAAUUCAUUUCUCUUGCCUAACAGACAGGUUUUGCAUGUAAAAUUGAAUAGACGUAUAAGAAAAACAAUUCGUUCAAAAUUCAUAGGUACUCUUGGAAUUAACCCAUCUUAUGAUGUGCAACCUUAUCUUCGAUCCAGUAUCCAGAGCAUGCCUUUUCCUGUAGAUUUGGAAUUUCCAACCGGAUUUUUUGCUAAUCAAGUUAUGUUAACUUUCCCAAGUUUCCUUGUAACGGUAGAGACUGAACAAAGAACGCGAACUAUACUCGGUAUGUUUGGUCUUGUUGGAGGUGCCUGGGGUCUAGCUGCGGCACUAUUUGCGUCUCUAUUUGGUGUAGAUAUGGUUCGUCCUUGGGGUUGUGUGCAACAGUAUUGUUGUAAUUUAACAAGAUAUCAUAAUAAACUUAAAAAAACGCUUCCAACAAUUCCAUUCGUCGAUCCUUCUCCCUCUCAAAAUGUCAAAGAAUUACAGGAUCGUUUAAAUGCUCUUGAAUUUGUUCUAAAGGAAUAUGUCGUAGAUGUAAAGCAUUUGGAAAAUUUAAAUAAUUUUGAAAUUAGAAAUAAAGAAUUGCCACUUAUUCCUAAUACUAUACCAAUGAAUCAAAAUCAAAGAGAACUUCCACCCAUUCCUAAUAAUCAUUCUUCUGUACCUUAUUCACAUCCUUUACCUGAUACUACUAGUACUCGUUUUUUUACAUCAUCAAAUUAA